CAGUUCAUAUCAUCACCUCCAGAAUCAGAUUCUAAAGUGUUCUCUCUCUCUCUCUCUAAAAUUUCAAUCUUUGGGUGAUCUGCAAGUAAAACUUAUCAGAUGGCAUCUCAUGGGAUUCUGUUGUCUUCACUUCUUCUGCUCUCCUGCUUAUCCCAAACUUCCUAUGGGAUUGUCCUCUUUUCUUCUCUCAAGGAUAGUCUCUUUGUUACUGCUUCACACACAGAAAACCAGGUUAUGAAAGCAGGGAUAGACAAGCUCACCGUUUCAUGGGGGUUAAACCAGAGCUACGAAGCCGGCACCGACUCAACCUUCAAGACCAUCAAGGUCAAGUUAUGCUACGCGCCGGUGAGCCAAGUCGACCGCGGGUGGAGGAAGACCGUCGACAACCUCGCCAAGGACAAGACAUGCCUGUUCAAGAUCGUCGAAAGGUCGUACACCAGCAAGUCCAACGACACCGUCGAGUGGACCAUCGAGCGCGACGUGCCGGGCGCCACGUACUUCGUACGCGCCUACGCUUGCAACGCCGCGGGUCAGGAGGUGGCGUAUGGUCAGACUACGAACGCCAAAAAGACCGCCAACUUGUUUGUGGUGGAGGGAAUCAGCGGCCGCCACGUGUCGCUUGACAUUGCAUCGGUUGUCUUCAGUGUUUUCUCGGUUUUGUCCCUGGCUGGUUUCUUUAUUGCAGAGAAGAGGAGGGCAAAGUCGUCAUAAAAGUAAAAUAUGCACUGGUCAUGUCGUCAUAAGAGUAAACGCUUAAGGAUGGGGCAGGGCCAGCUUUGAGGGUGUGCUAACGGUGCCACGGACCCUUAAAGUUUUCUUUACAUGUACAAGAUAUUACUAAAUUACUCUUCCAACGCUAGUAGUUUGCGUUUUCUAUCUUUUUCGUGCAUGUAACAAGUCCUUUUUUUUUUUACAAGAAUUGAUUGAUGUCAUGAAUGCUAUUAUUGAUCUUUGACA